CUCUCUGUCGUCUGUCUGUGUGAGAGUGAACAACUGUCCAAAUGGCUCAGCAGGGAGUUCUGCUGGACCAGGACCAGUUCUGCUGUUCUGUCUGUCUGGAUCUACUGAAGGAACCAGUCACCAUCCCCUGUGGACACAGUUACUGUAGGAGCUGUAUUGAGGGCUGCUGGGAUCAGGAUGUUCUGAAAGGGGUCUAUAGCUGUCCUCAGUGCAGACAUACCUUCACUCCAAGGCCAAUGCUGAUGAAAAAUAACAUGUUGGCUGAGGUGGUGGAGAAACUGAAGAAGACAGGACUCCAGGCUGCUCCCCCUCCUGCUCUGUGCUAUGCUGGACCUGGAGAUGUGGCGUGUGAUGUCUGCCCUGGGACCAGAAAGCAGAAAGCCCUCAUGUCCUGUCUGGUGUGUCUGGCCUCUUACUGUGAGACUCACCUCCAACCUCACUAUGAAUCUACUGCUUUCAAGAAGCACAAGCUGGUCAAAGCCACCGCACAACUACAGGAGAAGAUCUGCUCUCAUCAUGACAAACUGCUGGAGGUUUACUGUCGUACCGAUCAGCAGUGUAUCUGUCUGCUGUGUGUGAUGGAUGAACAUAAAGGCCAUGAUACAGUGUCAGCUGCAGCAGAGAGGACUGAGAAACAGAGGCAGCUGGGGAUGAGUCAGCAGAAGGUCCAGCAGAGAUUCCAGGAGAGAGAGAAGGAGCUGAAGGAGCUCCAACAGGCUGUGGAGUCUUUCAAGCGCUCUGCACAGGCAGCAGUGGAGGAUAGUGAUCACAUCUUUACUGAGCUGAUCCGCUCCAUUGAGAGAAGGAGCUCUGAGGUGAAGGAGCUGAUCAGAGCCCAAGAGAAGGCUCAAGUGAGUCAAGCUGAAGGACUCCUGGAGCAACUGAAGCAGGAGAUAGCUGAGCUGAGGAAGAGAAGCACUGAGCUGGAGCAGCUCUCACACACAGAGGAUCACAUCCAUUUCCUCCAGAGUUAUCAGUCUCUCUCCAGUAUCAGUGUAUCUUCAGACUUACCCAGCAUCGUUGUCCGUCCUCUUCAGUACUUUGGAGAUGUGAGUAAGACUGUGUCUGAACUGAGAGAGAAACUAGAAGACUUCCUUAAAGGAGAAUGGACCAAGAUCUCCACUACAGUGAAUAUAGUGGAUGUUGUACUGCCUCCAGAGCCCAAGACCAGAGAACAGUUGUUACAAUAUUCCUGUCAGCUCACACUGGACCCAAACACAGCACACACACACCUCUCUCUGUCUGAAGGGAACAGAAAGGUGACCUGUACACGCCAAGUCCAACCAUAUCCUGACCAUCCAGACAGAUUCACCAACUACUGUCAGGUUCUGUGUAGAGAGGGUCUGUCUGGACGCUGUUACUGGGAGGUGGAGUGGACUGGUUAUGUUAUUACAGCAGUCUCAUAUAAAGACAUCAGCAGAACAGAGACAGGGACAAUCAGCAGAACAGAGAGAGGUAAUGAUGGUGCAUUUGGAGACAAUAACAAGUCCUGGAGUUUUCAGUGCUAUAGAGGUGGUUAUUGUUUCAGACACAAUAAUGUUAAGACUAAAGUAUCAGGCCCUCAGUCCUCCAGAGUAGGAGUGUACCUGGAUCACAAGGCAGGUACUCUGUCCUUCUACAGUGUCUCUGACACAAUGACCCUCCUCCACAGAGUCCAGACCACAUUCACUCAGACCCUCUAUCCUGGGUUUAGGCUCUAUGAUUAUAAUGAUACUGCUGAGCUGGUUAAACUGUAGUAGGGUCCACAUAGAUACUAGUCAUGCUGGUGUAGUCUAUAGCUGUGCUGGUUAAACUGUAGUAGGGUCCACAUAGAUACUAGUCAUGCUGGUGUAGUCUAUAGCUGAGCUGGUUAAACUGUAGUAGGGUCCACAUAGAUACUAGUCAUGCUGGUGUAGUCUAUAGCUGAGCUGGUUAAACUGUAGUAGGGUCCACAUAGAUACUAGUCAUGCUGGUGUCGUCUAUAGCUGAGCUGGUUAAACUGUAGUAGGGUCCACAUAGAUACUAGUCAUGCUGGUGUAGUCUAUAGCUGUGCUGGUUAAACUGUAGUAGGGUCCACAUAGAUACUAGUCAUGCUGGUGUAGUCUAUAGCUGAGCUGGUUAAACUGUAGUAGGGUCCACAUAGA